AUGGGACAGGUCCCUGCACUACGUCUCUCAGAGAAUCGAGAUGGGAAUGAACCAACCAGGCUGCUGGCAGACAGCAGCGAGAUACUCGCCUGGCUAUGCAGACUGCAGCCAGAACUGAUCCCCAAGGACCACCAGGAGGACAUACAGUCGCUCUUGAGCUCCUUCUACGCCUUCCAUGCCAAGCCAUUAACCGUCAAGCCCGAAGAGCGCAAUAACGGUAUCACCAACAAGGCUGCAGCCAUGCUUGAGAGGACGGACAUAAGCGAGUCACAUAGGCGCCGCCUCGAGGUCAAGAGCGUAUACCACGAUACCAAGUUCCGGACCACACUGGACGCGGAUAACAUUGAGACGGUUGAAUCUCAAGCACGGGACUUCAUCCGCAGCGUCUCAGAUCUGCUUCGGCGGCGACAGCGGCAGCAGCAGCAACAAGGCGAUGAAGAUUUUUCAGGAAGCGCCAUAUACAUAUUUGGUACCAGGCCCAGCGUCGCGGAUGCCGUAGUGACAGCGCUGUUGGCCCGUCUGAUGGAUGUUGGACGGGAUGACAUCGUUGACGACGAGACGGCCAGGGAUUAUACCACCAAGGUGAUCAGUUCAAGUGAGUGGCAGAAGGUUAUGCAAGGUCGGAGGACGCUUCCUUAG